AAAUAUUAAACUUCUGUCUAUGGUAUAUGGAACGCCAUGGCGGACGAAGUUGGUGACGGUGAUUUUUUUAAAGAAAAUAUACAGAAAUUUAACAAUGAAAGGCGGAGUAGUAAGCAGUGGGUUAAGCUGAAUGUCGGAGGAACUUAUUUUUUAACUACUAAAACGACUUUAUCCCGUGACCCUAACUCAUUUUUGUAUCGAUUAGUUCAAGAGGACAGUGACUUGAUUUCAGACAGGGACGCGACAGGUGCUUAUCUGAUAGACAGAGAUCCAACGUAUUUUUCGCCCGUAUUGAAUUAUCUUCGACACGGUAAACUGGUUAUCAACAAUGACAUCGCCGAAGAGGGAGUCCUCGAGGAAGCGGAGUUUUACAAUAUAACAGAGCUCAUAAGAUUAGUCAAAGAAAGAAUAUGCUUAAGAGAACGAAGGCCACUGAAAGACUCAAAGAAGCAUGUGUAUAGGGUUUUGCAGUUCCAUGAAGAGGAGCUAACUCAGAUGGUGUCGACGAUGUCAGACGGUUGGAAGUUUGAACAGCUGAUUAAUAUUGGUUCUCAAUACAAUUACGGCAACGACGAGCACGCGGAGUUCCUGUGUGUGGUCAGUCGGGAGUGUGGCAGCUCCCUCAACAGUAAUGAUGUGGAGCCGACGGACCGUGCCAAGGUGCUUCAGCAAAAGGGUUCACGGAUGUGAGCUUUACUAGUUUCUGAGACUGUUAGCUCUGUGUGGAAUGUGUAUAUAAGUAUUUGUAGUGUGACAGUCAGUUAUUUCCUUGACUCAACAUGAUUUGUAUUAUUAAUUAACCAAAAUCAUUAAAUCUCAGUUUAUGGAAUGUUAAUUGCAUAAUGUCAAUUAGAUGGCAACUGAAUACUCAGUUUGAUAUAAAGUAAAAAAAAAAAACCAGAAAAUUGUAUUACUUAAAAUGUUAUUGUGACUUUGUUUUACAAUAUUUUCAAGUCUAGUUAAUGAUAGUCAUUAAGUUGUGUGAAGCAAAGUACUGUUGUGUAAUGUAAAACCAUUUAUAUUUACACUGUAUGAGUGUAACUGCCGACAUUCCAUAAGCAGAUUAUAAGGUAUUACUCAAUGCUUUUAAAAUAGUUAUCUAAUUUUGUUUUUUCACAAAAUUAGAAAAUAUGAAGUCCUAGAUUCAGCUAGAGAUUGCACAUUGGGUGUAUUUAAUAAGUAUCGGAAUUACAAGUACAUGGUUUUUGGUUGUCGGUAGUGUAAUGAGUAUAAUAGUUGUUUUUUGUAAUAUCAACAGCAUGAGGCCUUUAUUGUUCAUACACGACAUUUUGUAAAUAAUAAUACAUUUAUUCAUAAUCAGUAACCAGUUUCCCAGAUAUGCUCAUUCGCAAAAUAUAAAUUUUACGUUUCCA